CACUUUGGUUACAUAGGCCCCUUUUGAUUUCAGGGAAUAGGCCUGCUUUUGUAAACUGCAGCGUCAUUAGUAAACACAAAACCCGAGAAGUUUAAAAGCAGUCACAAAAUAGCACCUGUAAAACCGUCUAGAAAAUGGAGUGAUAUAGUGGGAGCUCGGUAGAACGUAGCUUGCGGGUACAGGGUUUGCCUUAGCCCACUAUAUCUAGCCCCUGGCACAAGAGGCCUUGGUGUGAAAGGGAGCUAAAAUUCCCCCUAGGUAUACUUAAAUAUCCAUCCACCUUAACAGAGAAACAAACUAAACCCCACGAAUCAGUCCUUCUAGUUACACAUUCUCACUGCUGUUCUUUCUAAAAGGCUCUGGUAUCUUAAAAGCGGCAAAACAAGAGGCAGAAUCUGGUGAAUCCCAAAAGGCACUGUAAUUAUAGCACAGCAGUGAAGGAGCUGUGGAGGCUCAAGGACCAGAUGAACGCCUCCAAAAAUGUUCAGAAGCGACAGCUCAAAGACUGCAGCUUACUGCGGUCAUUUUUCCCUGUAGUCCAUUUUUUUGUUUGUUUAAAUUAAAAGCUAAGCAAACAAAAUACAUAAUUAUCUGCUAACCCAAAGGUGUGUACAGCUCUUAAGUUUUGCUUAUAUGUAGGUAUAUGCAUUAGGGCAUAUGUGGGAAAUUUCGAAUAGGGAAGAUAAUGACUAAUGAAUUAAUUCUAGCAGAGAAGUUGAGGACAGAGGGGCACCUUUCUCUUAGCAUAUUCGUUUCAGGAGGAAGGGGGUCUAUGUAUGCAUGAUAUUUGAAUUUAUUUAUUUUAUUUUAACCACAAUUAAUAAGGAACAGCUAGGGAAAUGAUGGAUAGAUGAAUGCUGUUAGCAAUGCUGUGACAAAUAGUUUCGCCUACGUAACCGGGACACGAAAAGAAACAGUCGGUGAAUUUACAAAAUUGCUACUUUCUAUAAAAUAAUAAAGUAAUGUCAGUAAAACAGAGGAGAUGAGGUAAAGGAGGUUAUUUCUGAAAAUUUGUCAAUGGAGGGGGGAUUGGUAGAUAUAAGAUGGCCAGGGAGAGGGGAAACUAAUUUCUGUAACAAAUAACUUGUUAAGUAGUGGGGCAGGCCAUUUAUUAAAUGAGUAACAUGUCUGGGGAUUGUUACAUGUCAUUCUGUCUUCGGUUUGUUAUCUGUGUCAACAGUGUCCGCUUCCUCUUGAAGGCCUUUAGUCUUCAAGAAGGAAUGCUAUUACGAACAUAGUAAUAACAAAGCGAAGGCCACAUCCAAUCUAAAGUCUCAGGAAAUGAGAACUGAAUUUGGUGGGCUUUUUGUUCUGAUGAACUCUCCUUUUUUGAACAAGGCUAUGGAAAAGCUUUUUUGUGAGCUUAUGGCAGCUUACUAUUAUGUCUCAGGUCUUUUGGAAACGUCUGUGGUGCUAACGGUAUCUUUGAAUGCUGGGUGAUUGAUUUCAUGCCUGUAACGAUGCAGCUUUCACUCUGCUUUCUCAUGACCUGUCUUCCUCAUCCAUAUACUUUUAAGUGGAAUUUUAUUUAGUAAGCCUGCUUCUCACUGGAUUUAAGUUCUGUUGCUGAUCGAUCAUCCGACUUUCCUAAAGACUAUGCGUUUCACCCCCAUCACGCUUUCCAUCUGGGAACAGUUUAAAAUUCCAUGUAUCAUGUUUUCUUUCUCCACAUUCUAGGCUGUUGGAUAGCUCAUCUCAACAAAUAAUGUUGAGGCUACACUCUGUCAGGUAACUCUUGAUGUAUUCGAAGUAUCAUAACCAUCCAUGUCUGGCUGAGUCAGAAAAUGCUGAAAUGAAACACAAACUCCUACUUCAAAAAGUUGAACUUUUUCCUCUACCUAUGCUUAUUAAUAUUUGUAGGAUAGUGCUAGAAUGUAGUUUCAACUCAAGCCUUCUUCCCUAUAGAAGGUGCUGUGUAUCUCAGUUGAGUGGCUGAAAGUUCUCUCCUUGUGUAUUUUUAUUAAAUUCCUGCCCUUUCAGAUUUAAAAUGCAAAGCAAAAUAGUCCUCCUACUGGAAAUGGAAAAAGAAGUCUGUAGUGGUCUGCCUGACUCUUUCACUUAUUAUUUGGGAUGUGCUUACAUAACACGUCUAAGAAAACAUUUCAUGGAGAGCUGACCUGAAACAGUUGGGAAAUGGGCAGAGAGGAGAUCUCUUUCUCUUUUUAUGUGAAGAACCACCUACAUUAACAUUUGAAGCCAAAAAGAUCUUGUGAAGGAGAAAAAAAAAUUGCUCGCUCCCUCAGGAAUCGGUUGGACUACAGCAAACCCCUUUUCCAUUAAGCACAGUCUUUUUCAGCGGAAAAACAUUAAUAGACAACUGCACAUUGUCUAGCUUCAAAUAUAACAAGGCUGCAUGCUGAGCUCCGCCCAUCAAAGAAAAUAGCCCUAAAUGGGAGAGUGGGUGCUGAAGUUGGAAUAUGAUUAGAUAUGCUGGUCUAAAUUCAGAAAUGCUGUGUAAGGUGGUCAUGUAGACUCCUUAAACUUCUUUAUGCUCCUGCUACCCAUGUCUGUAGGAGUCUAGUUACUGCAGCCCACCUAUGCUUUCUUCGAUUUCUACAGCCAAAUAACACACUAACUGAUGUUUCUUUUUUAAAGGAUAGAGCAGGAGUAAGUGAAAAAUAAUGGAGACUGAGUAAGUCUUCUAGGGCUAGUUUAAAAUGAAUUUAUGAAUUGCGUAUCAAUCCGGACUUCUAACAGAAGCGGCAGUUCCACAGGCAGUUUUUCUGAGCAAGAAGAAAAUAAUCUUGUCGACUAAGGUGUGCUAUAAAGGCAAUAUUUUAAAUUGUAGGUCAAGAAUACUUUUGGGGAAUCUUAGCUGUGAAAGUAGCAAAGCCAGAUACCUGAGUAGAAAAGUAUGUGUGUUGUACUAUUCUGACCAAGCUGAAUUCAGCCCCAGCUGCACUUGAAUUGUCAAGGAAGCGUAAUCCAAACUGAAAAGAGAAAAUCAGGAUACUUCUGUUGUGAGUGUUCUUCUUCUAAGUUUUCUUGUGUACUUAGCCUUCUUAUUUUAAGAGAGAAAGAUCUUUGUGCGUUAAUUGGUCAUCCUAAUGUCUUACGAAGCCGAAAAAACUUUAGAUGAACUUGCUUUGACUCUUUAUUUCUGUUUUUACUAUUGGCACCAGUAAGUGUUGAGCACAAGGACAUCUAUUCUGCUUUUAAGAAGCUGACCAGACACAAGGCAUAAGAUGAAACACUGCCUCAAAGAGAUGCCAUGGUUAUCAACUUAAGGACGGUUGGCUUAUUCAUCCUGACUAUGCAAAUUUUUAACUAUGCUAUAUGAAUCGCAGUGUAAUCUGAGUAAGCCGUACUGUGAGUUAUGACCCUUUAAUACAGGGAUUUAGAUUUUUGCUUGACUGCCAUGGGGCACCAAUUUUAGUAAAGAGUUAGCAGCAGAACACAGAGUAACUUGAGCACAGAAUAAUCUUGCUGCCACAGAUACAGUUUAAGCUUUAUCAGUCUGAAUAUUCUGUAUUUAAAUAUGGUAGACAUUCUGUCUUGCAUGUGCCAUUUAACAAGAAAAAGUGUGCAGACAGUGUAUGUAGCCCACUUCUUGUAAAAGGUGGGACAAAGAACGUUUAUCUGUGUUUUCCUUAGAUCUAUGUAUGCAAUCUAGUGCUGAGAUAAAGUAGGCGAGGUUGAUAUGAAUGCAAAACAUCAAACAACAAGUUGUCCUUGAAGUUUCCAUUAUCUUCCAUUGAGUUUAUGUUUAAUUUUUAGGAGUCUAUUGUAUUUCUUUGUGUUUCUUGUUUGUAUUUCUUUGUUUUUAUUCAGAGCUCUGCCGCAAGACAUUGGAACAAAGCUGGCAAGUAUAUUACAAUUGCUUAAGUUAUACACAUAUUUUUAUCUUUAUGUGUGUAUCGUCCCUUCCCUCCAGCCUUUUCAUUUUGCUAGUUUAAAUGAUUGCCUACAUGCUUCUUUGGUUACUUGGGUAUAUUUCAUCUUCUGUCGUUCAUGCUCCUUGGGGCCUGAUUUGAAGCCAGUUGAAAUAACCAGUUCUUUCAAUUGCUUCCUAUGAGGUUUUUAAAUGAAAAUGUGUAUUGUCUUUUACAGUAGUGUAGAGUGAAAGUUGAGAAUAAUUUUUAAAAAAUGGGGUCAUCAUUGCAAUCACUUGGGAGAAAUCUUCAAAAACAAAAUGUGCGUGCUUUCACUUACGCCAUCCUCAGUUAGGAAUAAUGCAAUGGGAUGCCCUGGGAAAACAAAACUGGCGUUGCCCAUUGUAUUUGUAAAGCGUUUGGAAUAUAAGGAAAAAUUUGAAUCCAGCAAAAGGAGGCACAGCUCCAUUUCAGUAAACAUUGUACAAUGACCUUGCCUCUGUUUAUGCUUGGUCUGACUUGCAUUCUGGAAGUGCUGUAAAACACAUGCUGUUACUGUUGUUCACACUGAAUGACACCUUACUCCUCCAGUAGUCUCGCUAUGGGCUAUUUGCAGUUUGAGGAACCAAACAAGAUGAGUAAGAAUAGCAUGUGCCCUUAUAGAAGUGCCAACUGUUGCCACUUUUGAUUGCAUUAUCUUUAUAGUCAGCGCCCCGAACCCUGUUCAUCUGCUACCCUGCCAGUUUCCUUUAGGCACAGCCUGACUCAUUGCCUGUGUCUCCUGUGACACUGUGGUACAUGGGGUCAGCUCAGCAGUAUAGCUACUAGUGCUUAUGGGUUGGCUAGGAUAGGCGCAGCUUUUUUAGCGGCAUCCCUUGGCUGGCAUCCCAGGACACUGGCGCUCAUGGUAUCUCGCUCGGGGCUGUGAAAUAGCAUAGCCGUUCCUGACUUCUCAUCAUCCACAGUGUAGCCUGUCUCCUACUGCACUCAAAAGAGGGACUGAGGGUGAGAAGAGGCUGCUGAUGACAACACCAUAUAAGCAAAGAUAGAGAAAUCAUGGCCAGAACAAAGGACGAGGCAAAAGUACGUGGGAAAUCAAGGUAGAGGUCAGCAGAAAAAAGCAGGAUGCAUUUCAGAACUCUGAUAAUAUGAUUCAAAACCCUGCAAGUCUGUGGCUGUGGCUAACCUGUUGAGCUCGUUUCCUGUUUUGUACCAGACUCUCAGACUUCCUCUCAUCCCUGCUUCAUAUGUGUUAAUUCAUGCUGGGGUUUGCUCUGGAACAAACAAAGUAAAAAAACCCUGUUGGGGAAGCCUCGUUGUCAGCUAGAUUAUUCCUGUUGGGGUACAAUCAAUGCUGUAGUCUAUAUCCUAGUGCAGAGAUGAUCUGUUCCAGAUGUACUCCGGUCAUCCAAAGACGUCCUAGCAGGCCUUAUACCCAUCCAAACUCAUUAGGAUUAGCAUGCACGUUGGAAGGGCUCAUCAAGGUGUGAGAGAGAACUCUUACACCAUGAUGUGCUCCUAUUAAUGCACAGUAUGAACGUGAGCUCUUCAUGAGAAGCGUGAGCCUGGAAGGAAUGAGGUGAGCUAUUCUGCACACCUUGCAGGAGGUCACCUGCAGCACUACUGAAGACAGUAUAGAUGUGGCCUGAGAGACUGUGAAGAUAAUGCAAUUAUCUUCUCUGACUGACACAGUUGUUUUACUAAAAUUAAGCAAAUUAGGAAUGAAUAGAAAAAGAUGCUGUGAACAACUAAUCAUAGGCGAAUCCCUAAACAAGGUCUGCCUAACCUACCUAAUGCAUUGAUAGAGCAGGCUUAAUUUCUACGUGCUUCUUAACUAUUUUCUUGCCCUGAACGUGGGACUGCAUUGAUUGGUGGCAGCAGGGAGAAUAGGGAAACAGGAUACAUUCACAGAGAAGCUAAAUCAAGAAAAUUUGUAGAUAUACAGAAAAUCCUUAACUCCUGGCAAUGGCAUCUUACAGACUGAAACAGCAGAUUUGGUUGGUGCAUCUGCUCCAACAGUGAUAGUUGUGCUCAGCUCUGGGUUACUUUUAUUUCAUUCAUAGCUGGUACCAAAGCUUGGAAGAACCAGUCACGUAGUUGUUGGGGGUGGCUUGGUUGGUUGUUGGUUGGUUGGUUGGUAAAUCUUGGUUUACUGCAGUAUUUGGAAAAGAGAAUUUUUAUUUGAGUUGACAUGAAGAAAAUUCCAGGACAAUGAAGAAGAGCUUCAGUAGUUAAGUGCUUAUUGUACGCGUAAUAGAGCUGUAAAUAAGUGACCACAGGCUCAAGUUGAAAGUAUUAUUCAUUACUGAUUAAUGGUGAAUGCGUUCUCCACAGGUUUCUUAGUGGAUAUGGCACUUCUUUAGCCUGGCUAAACAGAUAAGUUUGAUAAGGUACUGCAAUUUUCCACAUAAAACUUGAGAUGAUAGGUGCGAGUUCAGACAGUUUGCUGGAAUAAUGGAAGAGAACUCAGAAUGACUUCUGGAGCGAGCAAGGGUACUAUACUUUGAGCUUUGUAAGGUGUAACUUUCAGUGAAUUUAACAAAAGGACAGAUUGCGGGAUCACUCCUGUUCUCACCAAAAGAAAUGCCACUUAAUUUGUGGGGAACAAUGCUUUCCCUCCUCCCCCUUAGGAAAAAAAAUUGAUCUGAAGAAGAAGCACCUGUGUACUAUCAGGAGCUUAGAUUUCCUCUUGCUACAUGUUAUGCAUGUUCUGAUAUGGAAAUAUUUGUUCAUAUUAAAUAGGAACUGUAGUGUAACUAAUUUUUAAGAGUUUUUCUACUAUAAAAAUCAAACUUAAAUUUAUUUCAGAUAAUGAAGGACAGUCAAUGUGUUUUCUUUUACCUUAUUCCAUAUUGGACUUAAAAAUUUCUUCUUAUUCCCCAAAUACGUUGUCAUUUAACUUAGUGACAAACAGUAGAGGUUUAGCAUGCUUUUUCCAGUUUGUCUGGGCUAGUGUUUUCCUUCUUAGACCGUUAUGCUUCUGCUAUGUCUCCACUGAGAUAUGUUUCGUAGCUUCAUUGCAGCUUGUUAGUAGUAAAGAGGGAAAAAGAGUGUAACAUGAUGUAUACUUUUGCUAGAGACGCUGUGUGAAAAAAAACAUAAAUGAAAAAUUGAGCUCAUGGGAAAUAAUAACCUUACAGAGGAAGCUUGACUGGUAUGUGAUGGACAGUUUGGCUUGCUGGAAGAUUCAUUGUGCAGGAUAGAAGGAAGAAGCUAAGAACACGCCUGUGUGCCUUGAGCAUUGGUUUAUGAUGACCUUUGUUGACCCAAGGGUUGGCAGGAUGAAGGAGGUGUCCACAUAUGUUGCCUGAGAACUGUGUAGCAGGUUUCCAGUAGAUUCUUAUUCUAAUUUUCAAACAGAUUUCUUUGUAUUUUUUUCCUGAACUAAGUAGACAAAUCACAGCUUCCCAUCUAUGUGUUUAAAAAUAAUUCCUCUCUGAUCAUUUUUAACAGCAAAGUUCUCUAGCUGAAGAUUGUAUGCCCGAGCUGACUGACAGAAAAAUUCUAGCUCUUUUUGGCAAAGAUAAUUUUCUUAAAUAAUAUUUUUAUUUCUUGCAAAACCAGUAGUUUUGAAUCUCAUUUUUCACUACAGGGUGUGCUGAUUGAUUAAAAAAAUAUUCUGCCUGAAGGCAGAAAAACAGUGAUCUACCCUGCAGUCUUCCUAAUGCCCUGAUUUAACCAUAUUCUUAUACUAAAUAUAACAAGUCUCUUCAUCUGUGGAACCUGGCAAAUGAGGGCCAGGAUGCAGUAUGAACUAAGUGGAGCUCCUAGAAGAAGAGCCACUUGAUUUUUGUUUUUUUUCCUUCCCUCUUCUGCUACUUUUAAAGAAAGGAAAGGUAUAGUUUUCUUUUUGCACCUUCAGACUCGGUAUGUUGAGGGUUUCCACGCUUUCAGUAGCUUUAAGGCAUCCAACAUCCUCCAAAGGUAUGUUCUGUACCAAGUCGCUUUUGUAGAGAAGUACCAAAUUGGGUUUCAUUUUAUUAGCUUAAUUUCAGAGAUACAUCUGUCACUUUUUUUUUUUGUUUGUGUCCCAGAUCUUGCUAUUUUGUGUAGGCAUCAUUGUGAGCACUUUGCUGAGUGUCUUUCCAGUCUUGUCUUCUACAGCGUUCCAAGGAGGGAAAUGGUUGGUGUUUUGAGCUCCUGGGGUGAGAUGGGAUCUGACAUGAGAUGUGAGUCUCAUGUCAGGACAUGAAAUGAGACCUGUUCUAAAGUCAAUUUGGAAGCUGUUACUGAAACUGAAGAGAGAAUAAAGAAGAAUAUAUCCUCCCUUUUCACCUUCUUCCUCCUCUCUUGGACUGGUUGCCAUCUCAGGGACGAGGAGAUUCAUCAAGAGACAGAACACUGCUGUUAGGGGAGUGGACAAGGUCUUGCCAACACCACUGAUAGGGUUCUAGUAGGUGGUUGUUUCCUCAGUCUCCCUGCAAGAGGAUCAAGUUUGGAGCACCUGCUGCAUUAACUUCAAUACUUGGAAUAUCUUCUGGAGCUUCUAGUUUUGGAGCUUGUCGGCACCUGUCCUCCCGCUCAGCUGCUGAGGCACUCAUGUCUUCAGAUUCCUUGGGAUCCUUCUUUAAUGGAAGAAGUCAAGCUGACGGAACAGUGACCCUUUUUUUCCUUGCACUACUUUCGAAUAGAGAUUUACUGUGCUUGGGGCAUGCAGAUACACCUGCUUUUACUGAGGGGAGUGAAGGAAGGCGUGAAAAUUAUGCCUACUACCCUGGCGCACAUCAUAGCCAGCAGCAGCAAAAAGAACGGCACGAGGUUUGUGACGCUGUCAGCCACAAGUGCCAAGACAAAUGAUGUUCGAGAUGUCAUCAGCCAAGCCCAGAAUGAAAAAAGACUCUUCAAGAGAAAAACUAUCCUCUUUAUUGAUGAGAUCCAUCGUUUCAAUAAAUCUCAACAGGACACUUUCCUUCCUCACGUUGAGUGUGGAACUGUGACGCUGAUUGGAGCAACCACAGAAAACCCUUCCUUCCAAGUCAAUUCUGCUCUUCUGAGCCGGUGCCGGGUUAUCGUUCUGGAGAAACUCUCAGUUGAGGCAAUGGAAGCAAUUCUGAUGCGGGCCGUCAGGUCCUUAGGGAUCCAAGUUCUGGGCCAAGAUGAACAGCACAACAGCCCCGAGACUGGCAGCAACAGCAAGAGCUCAGAAUUCCCCGUGUACAUAGAGAAGAAGGCUCUGAGUACCCUGGCCUACCUUUGUGAUGGUGAUGCAAGGACUGGAUUGAAUGGACUUCAGUUAGCAGUUCAGGCCAGAUUAGCAGCAGGGAUUACCAAAGGUUGUUCUGCAGAUGGAGUUCUGAUAACAGAAGAGCAUGUAAAGGAAGGACUACAACGAUCUCAUAUACUCUAUGACCGAGCAGGAGAAGAACAUUACAAUUGCAUCUCUGCCUUGCAUAAGUCUAUGAGAGGUUCAGAUGAAAAUGCUUCCCUUUACUGGCUUGCUCGAAUGCUUGAAGGUGGUGAGGAUCCACUCUAUGUGGCAAGGAGGCUGGUGAGGUUUGCAAGUGAAGAUAUUGGGCUGGCAGAUCCUUUGGCUUUAAGUCAAGCAGUUGCUGCUUAUCAAGGUUGUCACUUUAUUGGAAUGCCAGAAUGUGAGGUAAUUCUUGCACAAUGUGUAGUCUAUUUUGCCAGAGCACCAAAGUCCAUAGAGGUAUACAGGGCAUACAGCAAUGUCAAAGAAUGCCUGAGAAUGCACACGGGGCCCCUCCCGCCUGUUCCACUGCACCUGAGAAAUGCCCCAACAAAGCUCAUGAAGAACUUGGGCUAUGGUAAAGGCUAUAAAUACAACCCCAUGUACAAGGAACCUGUAGAGCAGGACUAUCUGCCAGAAGACUUGAAAGGAACAAACUUCUUCAAGGAACGAAAAACGUGAUAGCCUUGGUCUGAAUUUUUUUGAUUUUGACGCAUAUGUUUGUACUGGGACAAAAAUUUGCCUUCUAGUUUCAGCCGCGUAUCUCUGGGGUUGAAAAGUAUUAAACCACUGAGCCUUUGAGACACUGUCUUAUCCUUCUGGUUGUACCAUUGCUGUUCCUGAAGUGUUUCGUAAAUAAUUACAGCUGUGCAAUGUAGAAAUGCAGAAGUAAGCUUUAUCAGCACAAUAGUGUCACCCUCUAGUUCAGAUGAACCAGAGAAAAAAUAUACAUUUCUAGCUCUUUCUGUGAGACAAGGAAUAUUGUCCUGCUGCUUUUUAAAAUCGGUAUCUAUUUGAGAUUUUGAGAAUGUGUAUUUUCCAGAAAAAGGGUAAAUUGCCCCCCAGCUAAAAUAUGGUAAACAAAACGUAAUUACAAUGUAAUACUUGCUUAUACAAUGUUCCAGAGACUACUUUUGUACAACAAUGUUUAUUAAACCAAUAAGUUGUGGAAA